CUGUUUUUGGACUUUGUGUGUUUAACUGAUGUAAAUGCUGAAGUUGGACAAGCAACACUAGAAGGCUUUCAGAAAACAUAUGGAAAGGACAACGCCAUCUUCAGCAGAUGUAAUGUCGUUAAUGAAGCAGAUUUUACAGGUGUUUUUGAAAGUAUCAAAAGUAAAUAUGGUAAAGUUGACAUUUUGGUAAAUAAUGCUGGUAUCAUUGAAGAGAAGAACUGGAGAAGAACUAUAGAUGUUAAUUUGGUUGGUAUGAUGCAAGGGACCUACCUUGGUAUAGAGAAUAUGAGCAAAGAACAUGGUGGGGAUGGGGGAGUUAUUAUAAACGUUGCUUCAUCAGCAGGUCUACAGCCGGUAUUUUUUAGUCCAGCUUAUUGUGCUUCUAAAUUUGGUAUAAUUGGUUUUACUAGAAGCUGGGCAGAUAAUCCAAGUAAUGCUCACAAUGGUUUAAGAUUUUGUUGUCUGUGUCCAGCUUUUACGGAGACUAAUAUGAUGAACAUUAGUGAGAAUUCUACUUUAUCAAUAGAAGCAACAAAGAAAUUUAUAGAAUAUGUUGGUGUAAAUAAAAUUUCAACGGUGGCAGAAGGUUUUAUGGAUCUCCUAACAGAUGAAACAAAUAACGGUGCCGUGAUGGCUGUUACAGCUCGCGAAGGAAUUCAAUAUAAAAUACGAAAAUAAAUAAAUAUGUCUUUAAUUUUCGAAACAUUGACAAGUAUAACAGAAAUCGUUCAAAUAGAAAUUAAAUAAAUUGUUCAUUAUGUCA